AUGGUGCCCUACAACAGUGCUCGCACCAAGGUGCAGCUCAAGCUCACCAUCCAGCGAUGCAAGAUGCUCCAGGAGAAGAAGGAGGCGAUGGCGAAACAAGCGCGGCGAGACAUCUCGGCACUCGUUGAGAAGGGCAAGCUCGAAACUGCACGCAUCAAAACGGAAGGCAUCAUCUCGGAAGACAUCCACCUCGAGCUUCUCGAGCUCAUGGAGCUCUAUGCCGAGACGCUGCUCGCUCGGUUUGCGCUGCUCGACCUCCCCACGCGCGAGCCGGACAUCAGCAUCCUCCCUUCCCUCGCCGCCGUCAUUCACGCUGCACCACGCACCGAGCUCAAAGAGCUGCAUGUGCUGCGUGAGAUGCUCAUGGCCAAGUUCGGCCGCGAAUUCGCACAGGACGUUAUGGAUAACACCGACUCGUGCGUGCCCGAGCGCGUCUUGUCGAAACUCCUCGUCGACACGCCCGAUCCCAAGUUGGUCGACUUGUACAUCUUUGAGAUCUGCAAGGCGUACGAUGUCGCCUUCUCCUCCCCGCACUUGCCCGAAACCAAGAUCGACGAACCAGCAGAAGAGCCCGCGUCGGGCGACAACGAGGUCUCCACCGACUCCAAUGGCACCGAUGACAAGUCCAAGUCCGAAAAGACAGCUGCCACAACGAGCGCUGACAAGGCUGCAUCCACCUCCGCAACAGAGGACGAAAAGAAACCAGCAGCACCACAAUCGCCGGCAGCAUCACGCAAAAAGUCGGAAAAGGAAGAGUACGACUCGCUAGAAGCCCGCUUCGCCGCACUCAAACGGCGUUGA